AUGUCGCAGAAAGAAGUGGUUGACGUAUCUAUUACUCAGAACGGAAGAGGAAGAGGAAUCGGAGACGAACUUCCCCUCGAGUUAAUCGACACAAUCGUCGAAAAUAACAUCGACGACAAAGACUCUUUACUCGCAUCAUCAUGUGUAUCCAAGUCAUGGCGCACGGCGUCCUUGCGACACCUUUUCUCCGCCGCAAACUUCUCGUCAGACGAUGAUUUCACGCGUUGGCGUGAAAUCGGAUCCCAUUUACCCCAGGUGCCUCUUUUCGUCAAGGAGGUCAUGUUCGCGCCUGGGCGCCGUCUCAGGGAUAAGCAGAAGCAACAGCUAUAUAAACAAUAUCCUGACGUGGAUGGGGUGCCACCGCAGGCUCGGCUCGAUGCUCUAGCGCGUCUCCUGCAUGAUGAAACACUUAGCUCCUCCAGUCCUCCAUGUGUCCAGCUCCCUGAUAUGCCACAGGCUCGUAAACUAAUCUGGGAUACCCCAUUCUUACAUCCGGUUUACUGCACGGUUUCAACGCAGCAGUUCCUAUCGACAUUUUGCUCCCUCAAUGAGGUGGAGUUCUCGGGGAGCUUUGCUACUAUCUCCGAUGCGAAACAAUUCCUGGGGCUGCUCCCCAAAAUAGAGGUUCUCGAUUUCGAAGCUAUCAAUAUCGCCGAGGCAAGCAGUUCCGGACGCUCCCCCGCCUUCACAGGCGACAUGACCAAUCUUCGUAGACUAUCAGUUGGAGAGUGCCGAACAUCACUCGACUGGCUGGUUGAUGACAUCCUGGCAGUCUCAUGUCCCACCAAGCUUCAGAGUAUCCGCUACGAACACUACCUCCCUUUUUCCUCGAGGGUGUUCGCCUGUCUCGUUGCCAUUUCGUCUGAGUCUCUCCAGGAGCUAAUCAUUCAACCACCAAGUGAUGAAAGGUCAAGUCUUGCAGGCUGGAGAAACCCGCCUCAGUUCACAAACCAGUCUUUUCCUUCAUUGAUGUCUCUGACGUUUUGCAUCAUCCAACUGGGACUCCCCUUCGGGCCGUUGUUUUCGAUGAACUGGUGUCGUAGGGUCAUGGAAGUCCUCCCACCGGCUCCGAAAAUGACUACUCUCACAAUGCACUUUUACGCUGAAGAACCAGAAGACGUUGAUGACAUUGUGGCCGACCAGUCAUUCAACUGGAAACAGCUGUCAGAGCUCACUUCAGAGCUGUUUCCCGAGCUUAAAACAUUCAUCGUACACGUCUCUAUGGAAACGGAGUUCGGGGCGAGGCAAAAAGCACUGUUGGAGGACCUCCUUGAAGAGAGGCUAGAACAUUUCGGGAAGAAGCUGAAGAUUGAAUGGGUGAAUGAGAAUCCUGCCUGGGGUGGCGAUGUCGAAUGA